AUGACGAACCACCGUCUUUUCUUGCUUCAGAUUGCAAUAGGCAGUGGUUUUCACCACUCCAUAGCUCUGCGAUCCUCGUCCCCUCGCGCUCCCUGUCUCCCUCUCUCCCCGUCGCCCUCCCUGUCUCCCUCUCUCCCUGUCGCCCUCCAAUCCCUGUCUCCCUCUCUCCCCGUCGCCCUCGCUUUCCCCGUCAAUUCUCUCCCUGUCGCCCUCGCUUUCCCCAUCGCCCUGCCAUCCACCGCUCGUCGCCCUCGCCUUCCCUCCCGUCUCCCUUCCCAUCUUGCACACUGUUCACCCUACGUAUUUUCCCCCUACUACCUCUUUGUCCUCACUCAAAUAAUCGCCUUCCUUCCCCCCACUAAUACCCCCUCCCUGCUUCCCCCCAUCCCCUGCCCUGCUUCCCUCCAUCCCCCUCCCUGCUUUCCCCCAUCCCGUGCCCUGCUUCCCCCCAUCCCCUUCCCUGCUUCCCCCCAUCCCCUUCCCUGCUUCCCCCCAUCCCCCUCCCGCCUUCCCCCCAUCCCCCUCCCUGCUUCCUCCCAUCCCCUUCCCUGCUUCCCCCCAUCCCCUUCCCUGCUUCCCCCCAUCCCCUUCCCUGCUUCCCCCCAUGCCCCUCCCUGCUCCCCCCAUCCCCUUCCCAGCUUCCCCCCAUACCCUUCCCGCCUUCCCCCCGUCCCCCUCCCUGCUUCCCCCAGGCCCCUCCCUGCUUCCCCCCAUCCCCUUCCCUGCUUCCCCCCAUCCCCUUCCCGCCUUCCCCCCAUCCCCCUCCCUGCUUUCCCCCAUCCCCUUCCCUGCUUUCCCCCAUCCCCUGCCCUGCUUCCCCCCACCCCCCUCCCUGCUUCCCCCCAUCCCCUUCCCUGCUUCCCCCCAUCCCCUUCCCUGCUUCCCCCCAUCCCCUUCCCUGCUUCCCCCCAUCCCGUGCUAGGCUUCCCCCCAUCCACUUCCCUGCUUCCCCCCAUCCCCUUCCCUGCUUCCCCCCAUCCCCUUCCCGCCUUCCCCCCAUCCCCAUCCCUGCUUCAACCCCAUCCCCCUCCCUGCUUCCCCCCAUCCCGUGCCCUGCUUUCCCCCACCCCCCCUCCCUGCUUCCCCCCAUCCCGUGCCCUGCUUCCCCCCAUCCCCUUCCCUGCUUCCCCCCAUCCCCUUCCCUGCUUCCCCCCAUCCCCUUCCCGCCUUCCCCCCAUCCCACUCCCUGCUUCCACCCCAUCCCCCUCCCUGCUUCCCCCCAUCCCGUGCCCUGCUUCCCCCCAUUCCCUUCCCGCCUUCCCCCCAUCCCCCUCCCUGCUUCCUCCCAUCCCCCUCCCUGCUUCCCCCCAUCCCCCUCCCUGCUGCCCCCCAUGCCCCUCCCUGCUCCCCCCCAUCCCCUUCCCUGCUUCCCCCCAUCCCCUUCCCGCCUUCCCCCCAUCCCCUUCCCUGCUUCCCCCCAUGCCCCUCCCUGCUUCCCCCCAUCCCCUUCCCUGCUUCCCCCCAUCCCCUUCCCGCCUUCCCCCCAUCCCCCUCCCUGCUUCCCCUCAUCCCGUGCUCUGCUUCCCCCCAUCCCGUGCUAGGCUUCCCCCCAUCCCCUUCCCUGCUUCCCCCCAUCCCCUUCCCUGCUUUCCUCCAUCCCCUUCCCUGCUUCCCCCCAUCCCCUUCCCGCCUUUCCCCCCAUCCCCUUCCCGCCUUCCCCCCAUCCACCUCCCUGCUUCCCCCCAUCCCGUGCCCUGCUUCCCCCCAUCCCCUUCCCUGCUUCCCCCCAUCCCCUUCCCUGCUUUCUGCGACGGCACCAAAAAUGGCGAUACUCGCGAUGACGCCGCCGCUAUGCAACGAAGCCGACCACACAGCAGCACCGCCGAUGCUUCCGGUGCUUCCACCUGUGAUGUCGGAUCAAGCGGCGACGCAAAAUCUGGUUUCGGGAAACGUAAGGUUAGAUGGAGUGAUGCUUAA